AACGAAUAAAGCAAAGAAAGAGGAUAACUGUGGUCCGGUUGUUCUUCUUCUUCUCUUGUAAAUGCAAGAUCGAAGUGCAAAGUGACAAGAAUGCCUACACCUUCUCUCCCUCAACCCGCACAUCCAGAGCUUGAUUCAAUGCUGACGCGGAAGUUUGGCAAGGAAGUCGCCAACUACUUUGCCGGCUCUCCUCUGAACCGCUUUGGCUUCCUUCGUAGCGACAAUGUCUUCCUCUCUGGAGCCCUGAAGCACCCGUCUGCUUCCUUCCUCCUCUGCAACAACCUGCAGCCAUUGACUAAGGACAAGACCAAGCUCGCCUAUGUCCAAUACAAGGAUGUCCAACCCAUCAUCGGCGAAGACCCCUACGCCACCCCGGAGUCCAAGAUGAUCGAAACCUACAACUCCAAAAACUUCAUCCCCCAAAUGAUCUUCCUCGGCCUGGACGAGUCCGUCAAGGAAAACUCCUUUAGCUACGAAGCAAAGAACGCCGUACACAAGGGCGCUCCUUACUUCGCCAUCGAUGUCACUCCCAAAGACCCUCUGACCCAGCAAUGCAACGACGUCAUCAAGUCGUGCGAAGACAAGGGCCUCACAUUCGCCCAAGGCAGAGCAAUGGACCUCAUAGCAGGCGACGCAGCGAUCUACGCCGAAGCCCGCCAACUCCUCGACUGGAACAUGCGCAACCCCUUCUGCGCUCAAUGCGGCCACCCUACCUUAUCCGUCAACGGCGGCUUCAAACGCACCUGCCCACCCACCGAUUCCAGCACCUUGCCCUCCACCGCCGUAUCCACCUCCAACACCGACGCCUCCAGCAUCGACCGCCCCGCCUGCGCAACCAGAAAAGGCGUGUCCAACCUCUCCUUCCCCCGCACCGAUCCCACCAUCAUCGUCGCAGUGGUCAAUCACGCAGGCGACAAACUUUUACUCGGCCGCAGCAAGCGUUUCCCCAAAUACUGGUAUUCCACCCUCGCCGGCUUCUGCGAACCCGCAGAGUCGAUCGAAGAAGCCACUCGUAGAGAAGUUUGGGAAGAAGCUGGUAUCCAUCUCGGUCGCGUGAUCAUUCACUCCACCCAACCAUGGCCAUAUCCCGCAAACCUGAUGAUCGGCGCAAUUGGACAAUCCGUGCCCGAAGGAGAAAAGAUUGAUCUGGGCAAUGAUCCAGAAUUGGAGGAUGCCAAGUGGUUUACCUUUGACGAGGUCAGGACGGCGUUGAGGGUGGGGACUAGUGGGUUGGAUGAGGGCCCGAAACCUGAAUACAAAGAGGGAGAUUUGAGAUUGCCUCCGGAGACUGCUAUUGCUCAUCAGCUCAUCAGUGCCGUCGUGGAAAAGGGCUUUUUGGCUGCAGAGUCAAAGAUGUAG